CAAUUUAAAAUUUAGUUUGAUUUUAUACGCCUUUGUCUAAGCAAAGAUUAAUCGUACCCAAUGCGGUAUUUGCCAAUGGACAUUUAAACCUAGAAAGGUUAGGUUGAAUAACACGUUCAUCAGGCUGUGUGUGAACCGAUUGCUGCAAACAUUUAAUUAAUUAAAAUACAUUAGAGAUUCCCAACAGAAUACCAAUAGCAAAUCUGGAUAUUGUCUGAGGAUAAGCUAUAGGGAAGGCCAAAAUUGACAUACAAAGUGUGGAUAUGGAUUCCAUUAAUGCACCAAAUUCGAGGAUCUCUCGUGGAUAUGCGCAAACUAACAGAAUGGCCGCAUCAAAUACACAAAGCGCCAUGGCGUCCACCACGGACACACAGAGCGCACAGGCGACCGCAGCGGAUACGUAUAGCACCGACCUGAAUAUUUCAAACAGCAGCCAUAUAGCGAAUAUAGAUUUAAUAAAUGAAGGUGGGAUGAUAGCAUACAAUGAAACAACGGGAACAACCACAUUGAGACCUCCCGAACGCCAAGUCGUAUCUCAGGCGCAAAGUCGCCAUUUACAUGCCUCACAUCGUAAUAAUCAAGUGGGAGCGGAUGGUACGAUUUCAGAAGGUAUAUACAAUAUGGAUGCCAUGCAUUGCGGUAGCCAUCCCGCUCAACAUGUGCCCGGAGCAGAUACAUUACCUGAAGCCGAAAGUAAAUACCAAGUACAACGCAUGAUCGGUAAUGGAUCAUUCGGAGUUGUACAUGAGGCUAUACAUGUGGAAUCUGGAAAUAAGGUAGCCAUUAAAAAGGUGCUACAGGACCCACGUUAUAAAAAUCGCGAACUUAGCAUCAUGCUAGAACUUUCUCAUCCAAACAUUGUCUACAUGUUUGACCACUUUUACACCGAAGUUGUGAGAGAGCAGGAAACACAAAUCUAUCUCAAUAUAGUCAUGGAAUUCGUACCGGGAACCGUACACAGAAUGAUGAGGUCGUACUUCAAAAGAUACAACCAAAUGCCUAUUGCACUGAUUAAAGUGUAUGCAUUCCAGUUGUGUAAGGCAUUGGGUUAUCUACAUGCCGUGGGCGUCUGUCACCGAGAUCUCAAGCCACAUAACCUACUAGUUGACCUAGAGACAAAUGUUCUCAAACUAUGUGACUUUGGAUCGGCAAAGAAACUGCGAGCUGGAGAAAUGAGCGUCGCAUAUAUAUGCUCACGUUUUUACAGAGCACCCGAACUCAUGUUAGGAGCAACUGAAUACACAACAGCCAUAGAUAUUUGGUCAAUAGGCUGUGUUAUCGGAGAGUUGCUUAUGGGUAAACCCAUGUUUGCAGGCGAUACGUCAAUCGAUCAGCUGGUUAAAAUAAUACAAGUUCUGGGAACACCGACGAUCGAGCAAAUGUAUGCAAUGCAUCCGAACUACCAAAAUGUAACAUUCCCUAAUAUAAGGGCAGCGGAUCUUACAAGGCUAUUCCCAACCAACACCCCGCCUGUAGCAAUCGAUUUUGUGUCCCAAUUCUUGAGAUAUGAUCCAAAGGAACGUCUCAGGCCGUUGGAAGCACUAGGUCAUGAUUUCUUUAAUGAUAUCCUGCACAAUCCAAACUCAAAUAUAUUCGUGCCUAAGAAUCUCCUAGAAUUCACGCAGCAGGAGUUAAGUGCAAUGUCAGAAAACACCAAACGCAAACUUGGUAUUGUGCACCAAUAAAUAAAGUGUAAUUUUUUAUAUAU